AUGCCUCACGCCCUCAUUAACAUUAACAUAGCGCUGCCUCCCAAAGGGCAUUCUCAUCCCAUCUCGACUCGACUGGAAAGAAGUCUUGACCUCAUCCGAAAUCAGCCCAUCAGCAAUCCCAACGAGAAUCGAACUCGAGCACAUAAUUUUGACAUACUCCUACCAUACCAAACUGCCAUGGACGCCAGGGAUCACAGAAGAGACGUGAAUUUUAAGGAGGGUCAGAACUCUUCUAUAUCGCAAUCUAUAGUGAAAUUGUAG